AUGGCGGAUCAGAGCCCUAAGCCGUUGCAGUUAUUCGUUAGGCUUCUCAACGGAAAAUCGAUAAGUAGCUUCUCCUCUCCCUUAGCCUACGGCGACCAGAUCAAGCAGCGGAUCUUCGAUCACACUCACAUCCCGACGCAUCUCCAGCGUCUGAUCUGCGGAGGCUACCAGAUCUCCGACGAGUCCACCGUCUCUCAACCCGACGCCACCGUAAACCUCGUCCUCUCCCUCCGCGGAGGCAAGGGAGGAUUCGGCUCCUUGCUCCGCGGCGCAGCCACCAAGGCGGGGCAGAAGAAGACAAACAACUUCGACGCGUGUAGGGAUAUGAGUGGGAGGAGGCUGAGGCACGUGAACGCGGAGAAGAGGCUCGAGGAGUGGAAGGAAGGUGAGGAGGAGAGGAAGCUUGAGAGGUUGGCUGAGGAGUUUCUUAAGAAGCAGGCGAGUAGAGUUAAGGAAGGCGUUGGGAAUGGAGCGACGCAGAAGUAUGUGAAGAGGUAUAGGGAGGAGUCUGAUAAGUGUAUUGAGGCGGUGGACUUGGCUUUGAAAGAGUCUUUUAUGAGUGGGAAGAGGAAGGGGAAGAUUGGUGUAGAGUCUGAGAAGUCAAAGCGACUGAAGAUAUGGAAGGGAAAGAGAGCAGUUGAUGCUAGUGACAGUGAUGAAAGCAGCAGCGACGACGAGGAUGAGAAAGAGAAAAACAAUGGUAGCCAAGUUGAGAGCUCAGGCUCGGGUAUGGCUGGAGCGCAUGAUGGUGAUUCUUCUGGUAAAGACGUUGUAGUAGUACAUCAAAGUUCAGAUGUACUUAAGGGAGAGACCACUGGUGUUCAAGUGAUUAACGAAGGAAAAGUGGAUGAUUUACUUGUUGGUGCAAUGGUUCAGACUGAAAAGGAAGAUAAUUUAUAUAAAGACGCAGAAAAGAAUCUGGUGGAAGUAGCUUGUGAAACGGUUGUAGAUGUUAAGAAUCAAGGCAAUGAUUCUGAAGCUAAGCAAGAAGGAGUUGCUGGAGAAACAGAGACUGUUGAUGCAGUGUGUUGCAAACCUGUUGAACCACUGAACUUUGAUGACUUCAGUUCAGCAAAAGAUAUGGAGGUUAUGGGGAUGGAAAGACUAAAGACAGAGCUUCAGUCACAUGGACUGAAAUGCGGAGGGACACUGCAAGAGCGGGCUGCAAGGCUCUUCUUACUUAAAUCGACACCAUUAGAUAAGCUUCCAAAGAAGUUGCUGGCUAAGAAAUGA